AUAAUCUGUCAGGUUCCAGGCAUUGUGUUCGUGCAUUACUGAAAUAUAUUUUAACGUGAACUUAACUGGAUAUCAAAGAUGUCAACAGAAAUGGAAACAAAAGCAGAUGUGGAAACUUUUGCCUUUCAAGCAGAAAUUGCUCAACUUAUGUCAUUGAUUAUCAAUACUUUCUAUUCUAAUAAGGAAAUUUUUCUGAGAGAACUGAUUUCAAACUCGAGUGAUGCCCUUGAUAAAAUACGUUAUGAGUCAUUAACAGAUCCUUCUAAACUUGAUCAUAGCAAAGAAUUAUUUAUUAAAAUUAUUCCAAAUAAGAAUGAUGGGACUUUAACUAUUAUUGAUACUGGUAUUGGUAUGACCAAGGCUGACUUGGUAAAUAAUCUUGGUACAAUUGCCAAGUCUGGUACCAAAGCUUUCAUGGAAGCAUUACAAGCUGGUGCAGAUAUUUCCAUGAUUGGACAAUUUGGUGUAGGUUUUUAUUCUGCCUAUUUAAUAGCAGACAAAGUCACUGUAGUUUCCAAGCACAAUGACGAUGAACAAUAUCUGUGGGAAUCCAGUGCUGGUGGGUCAUUUACUGUCAAACAUGAUAAUGGAGAACCAUUAGGACGAGGAACAAAAAUUGUUCUGCACAUAAAAGAAGAUCAAGCUGAAUACCUAGAAGAAAGGAAAAUUAAAGAAAUCGUAAAAAAACAUUCUCAAUUUAUUGGUUAUCCAAUUAAAUUAGUAGUUCAAAAAGAACGUGAAAAAGAGUUGAGUGAGGAUGAAGCUGAAGAAGAGGAAGAAAAAAAAGAAGAUGAUGGAAAACCAAAAGUUGAGAAUGUAGACGAGGCUGAGGAAACUACAGAAGAAGAAGAAAAGAAGAAGAAGAAGAAAAAGACUAUUAAAGAAACGUACACAGAAGAUGAAGAAUUAAAUAAGACAAAGCCUAUUUGGACUAGAAAUCCAGAUGAUAUUACACAAGAAGAAUAUGGUGAAUUCUAUAAAUCAUUGACAAAUGAUUGGGAAGAUCAUUUGGCUGUUAAACACUUUUCUGUAGAAGGUCAAUUGGAAUUCAGAGCUUUGCUCUUUGUUCCAAGACAUAUGCCAUUUGACUUAUUUGACAACAAAAAGAGAAAAAAUAAUAUUAAACUAUAUGUACGAAGAGUAUUCAUUAUGGAUAAUUGCGAACAAUUGAUUCCAGACUACUUAAAUUUCAUGAAAGGAAUAGUUGAUAGUGAAGAUUUACCUUUAAAUAUUUCUCGUGAAAUGCUACAACAAAAUAAAAUCUUAAAGGUUAUUCGUAAGAACCUUAUUAAAAAAUGUAUAGAAUUAUUUGAAGAACUUGCAGAAGACAAGGAUAACUAUAAGAAAUUCUAUGAACAAUUUAACAAAAACAUUAAAUUAGGUAUUCAUGAGGACAGUUCUAAUCGUAAUAAAUUGUCAAAUCUUUUGAGGUUUCAUACUUCAGCUUCUGGAGAUGAAACUUGUUCUCUUAAAGACUAUGUAGGUAGAAUGAAAGAGAACCAAAAACAUAUUUACUUUAUUACUGGGGAGAACAAAGACCAGGUUGCAAAUAGUUCAUUUGUUGAACGUGUGAAAAAACAUGGCUUUGAAGUUAUCUAUAUGACAGAACCUAUUGAUGAGUAUAUAGUACAACAAAUGAAAGAAUUUGAUGGUAAACAAUUGGUAUCUGUAACCAAAGAAGGAUUAGAGCUACCUGAAGAUGAAGAAGAAAAAAAGAAGAAAGCAGAAGAUAAAGUCAAAUAUGAAAAUUUAUGUAAUGUAAUGAAAAAUAUUCUUGAUAACAAAGUAGAAAAAGUUGUAGUAUCAAACCGACUAGUUGAUUCUCCUUGCUGUAUAGUUACUUCACAAUAUGGUAUGAGUGCUAAUAUGGAAAGAAUCAUGAAAGCUCAAGCUCUUAAAGACACAUCUACUAUGGGAUAUAUGGCAGCAAAAAAACACCUUGAGAUAAAUCCAGAUCAUGCCAUCAUUGAAGCCCUUAAUCAGAAAACAGAGGCUGACAAAACUGGCAAAGCAGUAAAAGACUUAGUAAUCUUAUUAUUUGAAACAGCACUUCUUUCUUCAGGUUUUACAUUAGAUGAACCACAAGUUCAUAGUGCAAGAAUUUAUAGAAUGAUCAAGCUGGGACUUGGUAUUGAUGAAGAAGAAUCUGUACCAGAAGAACAAACUACAGAAGAAAUUCCUCCCCUGGAAGUACAUGCAGAAGAUGCUUCACGAAUGGAAGAAAUAGAUUAAAUUUAAGAUCUAAAUAUGACAUCAGACAUCAAUGUCAUUAUAGUCAAUGAAAGACUGCCGAAAUAGUUAUAUUUUAUAUGUUAUUAUUCAUCUUCAUUUUUAUUAUC